AUGAGGCAGUCUCUUAGAUCCCAUAUAACAUUCUCGAAUUUCUGUCUAACUUUAACCGAGCUAAGACCGUCUCUUGGUGAAACGUUUCAUACAGCAGAUGAAAUUGAAGAAAUUAGCGGCUCAACAGAACAUAUGGAAUCCUUACUAAAUGUGACAUUUACAACCACUACUAACCUUGGUGAUGCAAAUUCUUCAAGUGAACUCAUGGUUGCAUUGCAAUAUAAUAAUGAUAAGGCUGGAACAUCUUUAACUGAGCAUAUGGAACCCUUACAAACUGUGACUUUUACAACCACUUCUAACAUUGGUGAUAACAAUGCAAAUUCUUUAAGUCAACUCAUGGUUACAGUGCAAGAUAAUAAUGAUAAGGCUGGAACAUCUUUAGCUGAGCAUAUGGAACCCUUACAAACUGUGAAUUUUACAACCACUUCUUUAAGUGAACACUUAUAUGGUACACCUACUCAUAACCUUAAUCUUAAACAGUUCAUCUCUCAUUGUGAGAAAAAUCUGAUACCAGUAUUGCAUAUGACUUUUGAUUCAUUAGAAGAAGGGGUGAAAUUCUAUGAAACAUAUGCUAAAGCUUGUGGUUUUGACAUUAGAUCAGGGACUAAGAAAGUCUAUAAAGGUGUUGUUACAUCUAAAUACUAUUUGUGUAAUAAACAAGGGAUGAGGGAACAAAAAUUAGGUGCAUUAAGAAGAAGGCUUGUAACUCGUGAAGAUUGUUAUGCUAAAAUUGUUUUUCAAAGGACUAAAGAGGGUAAAUAUUGGGUUUUUAAGUUUAUUGAAGCCCAUAGCCACAUUCUUGCCUCACCUAUUUCUAGGCAACAUUUAAACGGGUCAUCUAGUUUAAAUAGUGGACAAAAAAGAUACAUUAUGAAGAAUUUGAACUUGAAUAAAGGUCCAACAAGUUCAUAUAGGAUGUGGAAAGAACAAGUAGGAAGUUAUUUGAAAGUAGGUGCUUCACUUGAUAACUUUAAAAACUUUUAUAGGGAUUUAAAGUGUUUUAUUAAUGAAUCUGAUGGGCAAAUGUUUGUGGAAAUGAGAAACUAUUCAUUGUUUGGUGAUUCGAUAUCUGUGGAUGCUACUUAUGGUACUAACAAGUAUAAUCAAAUUUUUGUUCCUUUCACAGGUGUUGACCAUCACAAAAAAUGUGUUACUUUUGCUGUCGGUCUUAUUAGUAGGGAAGAUGUAUCUUCUUAUACUUGGUUAUUUGAAUCUUUUUUGAGGGCAAUGAAUGGAAAACAACCAGAUUCCAUUAUAACAGACCAAGAUCCAGCCAUAAAAAUUGCUCUACCCAAUGUUUUUGACAAGUCUGUUCAUAAAUUCUGUUGUUGGCAUAUAAUGAAGAAACUAACUGAUAAAGUUUCUAUUGAGUUACGUAAUGAUGAUGAGUUUUUAAGAAGAAUUAAUAGACUUGUAUAUAAUAGGGAUAAUGAGCCCCAUGAAUUUGAAGAUCAAUGGUCAAAAAUGAUGUCGGAUUAUGAGCAUGCUAAUUUAAGAAAUAAUGACUGGUUGAAUAGUAUGUAUGAUAUUAGAGAAAUGUGGGUGCCCGCAUAUUUUAGAGAUCUUUAUAUGGGUGGUUUGUUUAGAACAACAUCUAGGUCAGAAAGUGAGAACAAUUUUUUCAAUUACUUUGUGAACAAAUUUCUUACAUUAGUUGAACUCCAAAUGAGGUUUCAAAGUGCAAUGGAUGUUCAACGUUAUAUGAUGCAAACACUAGAUAGUAAAUGCAAGUUAUAUUCUGCACCUUUGAAGACUCGUAUCCCUCUUGAAAAACAUGCUUCUAGCGUCUACAUAGAUGUUGUUUUUAAGGAUUUUCAAGAACAAAUUCUUAGCGCACGCGAUGAGUGUGGUUUUGAAAAUAAUUUCGUUAGAGAUGGCAAGGAUGUGUAUCGUGUGGUACAUUUCAACACUAGGACAAUUUUUGAAGUUGUGUAUGAUGAACAAACAUUGUAUGUUGAUUGCUGUUGUAAGUUAUUCAAAAGAGUAGGAGUCUUAUGUAAGCAUGUAUUAUGGGUUUUGCAUGCAAAAGGCGUUAAAUAUAUACCAGAACCUUACAUAUUGAAAAGGUGGUCAAAAGAUGCUAGUAAAACACCUGUCUAUGAUAUUGAUGGCACAUUAUUGGAUGGUAAUAAUGCUAUGGAAUCUAGAAAAGGGGUUUUAGGAGAUGUUUGGAAUGAGGUACAUCGAUGCAUUAGUUUGGCAGAAGAUGAUGAGGAUGAUUUGGUUGUACUUUUGCACAAAAUGAAGUUGUAUUCAGCUAAACUUUUAGCAAAAAAGAAUCGUGGGCUUGAGAAGACAAAACGUCAAGAGUUAGAAAAGUUUUUGGGUUGUGAAGCUCCUAAAACAAUUACAAUUCAAAACCCUAAACAAUCUUCAAACAAAGGCAAGAGGAAAGAAAAAGAUCCAAAACAAAAGGAUACUGAAGAUGAAGAAGAGGAAAGGGUGACUUGUUUUAUGAAAUACAGUGGUAAAUGA